CUCCUGACCUGGCCACACGUGUUUGCUUGCUCUUCUCCAGAAACGGCUGUGCUGUGCAACUAUCUUAUCCUGUCAUGGGCUACAUUUCUUUAAUUCAUUACUAUCGUUAAUCUUCUAUACUUUUUCUUUUGCUACCUUGCUUCUAGGCGUGUGGGUUGGAUAGAGCACCCUAGGCUGGGGCUUUUCUCACUUUUAUUCCAGUCCAUUGGACACGACGCUGCCUUUCGGCAUAGUUUCUCUACGACCUGCUAGGGUCUAACAUUUUCUUCUUUUUGAUUUCGAAUUUGAAUGCAAGGAUAGGAACGAGCAUCCGUCCUGAUGCCGCCAAAAUCUACACUCGAGGUCAAGCCCAUGGCCCGCAAUGGGCGCUCGCCCAGUCGUUCCCCGAGACCGAAGAAUCGCAAGAAAGAGACGACACAGGCUUCACAUUAUGGAUCUGAUGGCGUGAAGGACAACAAUAUCUUCAAGCUGCCGGUGUCCGACUACAAGCUGCUUGCCGGGGUUACGAUCAUCGCUGCGAUUGUCCGUCUCUUUCGCAUCUACCAGCCGACCAGCGUCGUAUUCGAUGAAGUCCACUUUGGCGGGUUCGCAUCCAAAUACAUUAAGGGCAAAUUCUUUAUGGAUGUCCAUCCACCGUUGGCGAAGCUUCUCAUUACACUAGCUGGGUGGUUAGCAGGAUAUGAUGGGGAGUUUGACUUCAAGGAUAUUGGCAAAGAUUAUCUCGAACCAGGCGUGCCCUAUGUCGCUAUGCGGAUGUUGCCUGCUCUCAUGGGUGUUCUUACCGUACCAUUGAUGUUCUUAACUCUCAAAGCAACCGGGUGCCGGAGCUCUACGUCUGUACUGGGCUCAGUGCUUGUGAUUUUUGAUAAUGCCCUGACUACCCAGUCUCGCCUGAUCCUGCUGGAUUCGCCAUUGAUCUUCUUCACCGCUCUCACAGCCCUGUCUUUUACUUGUUUUACCAACCAGCACGAGCUUGGACCAUCAAGCGCCUUCAAGGGACCGUGGUGGUUUUGGCUUAGCGCAACAGGACUUUGCCUGGGUGCUACUGUUAGCAUUAAAUGGGUUGGACUCUUCACUAUUGCUUGGGUUGGCUCUUUGACAGUGCUGCAACUUUGGGUACUUAUUGGUGAUACAACUAAUGUCACGCCUCGUAUCUGGUUCAAACACUUUUUCGCUCGUGUAUUCUGUUUGAUAAUUAUCCCCUUGACUUUCUAUACCGCUUUGUUUGCCGUUCAUUUCCUCUGCCUCGUCAACCCAGGAGAGGGUGAUGGGUUCAUGUCCUCCGAGUUCCAAGCGACAUUAAACCACAAAGGCAUGCAAGACGUUCCUGCCGAUGUGGUGUUCGGCUCUCGCGUGUCCAUCCGCCAUCAUAAUACGCAGGGAGGCUAUCUUCAUUCUCACAGUCAUAUGUACCCCACAGGAAGCAAGCAGCAGCAGGUUACGUUAUAUCCUCAUAAGGAUGAAAACAACAUUUUCCUUCUUGAAAACCAGACCCAACCCCUCGGUCCUUAUGGGGAAUUGGAGGGUCCAUGGGCUUGGGAUAACAUCUCCGCUGAAUACAUUGAAGAUGGCGCCAUUAUCAAACUUUAUCACGAAAUGACCCAUCGCCGAAUCCAUUCCCACGAUGAGCGUGCUCCAGUGACUGAUGUGGAUUGGCAGAACGAGGUUUCCGCCUAUGGUUACGAGGGUUUUGCCGGUGAUGCAAAUGACAUGUUCCGUGUUGAGAUCGUCAAGUCCUUAUCUGAUGGCGCCGAAGCCAAGAAGAGGCUGCGAACCAUUCAAACCAAGUUCAGAUUGAUUCAUAUCAUGACUGGCUGCGUGUUAUUUUCCCACAAGGUCAAGCUUCCGGACUGGGCGUACGAGCAGCAAGAGGUCACCUGUGCGAAAGGAGGCACUCUCCCGAAUAGUAUCUGGUACAUUGAAUCAAACACUCACCCACAGUUACCCGAGGAUACCGAAAAGGUGAACUACAGAAAUCCCGGAUUUCUGGGCAAAUUCUGGGAACUUCAGAAAGUCAUGUGGGUCACUAAUGCCGGCCUGGUGGAAUCCCACGCUUGGGAGUCGCGCCCACCUUCAUGGCCCCUGCUGCUUCGAGGGAUCAACUUCUGGGGCAAGGAGCAUCGCCAGGUCUAUCUCAUGGGAAAUCCUAUCGUCUGGUGGUCUUCGACAGCUGCGAUUGGCAUCUAUGUCUUGUUCAAGGGUCUCUCCGCUAUUCGCUGGCAACGCAGCUGCGGUGAUUACAGCAAUGUUACCUUCAAGCGCUUCGAUUAUGAGAUUGGCAGUACUGUGCUUGGAUGGGCUUUCCACUACUUCCCAUUUUACCUCAUGGCUCGCCAGUUAUUCCUCCACCACUACCUGCCAGCCUUGUAUUUUGCCAUCAUGGUUCUGUGCCAGGAGUUUGACUUUUUUGCAAAUCGCAUCCGCAGCCUUGGUCUUGGAUCGAGGCCGAUUGUUGGCAAGGGGUUGAUUGCCGCGUUCCUCGCUUUGACUAUCGGUACAUUUAUCCUCUAUUCGCCGCUUGCCUAUGGCAACCCAUGGACCCGUGACGCCUGCAAUAAAGUGAAACUUUUUGACACAUGGGACUUCGAUUGCAACUUGUUCCAUACAGAUCUCAGCCAAUAUAAGACUUAUGUGAACGCGCCCCAGGCGAUUCCCACUCGACAGGCAGACGCUCCAGUUGUGAAUCAGGUGCAAAAUCAGCGAGAGAUGAAUGAGGGACAGGAUCCAGUUGUCACACCUGAGCCUCCCGAGCACUACCUCAAGGGCAGCAAGGCUCGAGUUGAGUAUCGUGACCAGGAAGGGAAUGUUCUCGACGAGAAUCUUGUCGCUUCUCUCAAGAAAGAGGGCAAGGUCUCCUUCGAAACACGCUAUGAGACUCGCACUCGCCUAGAGAACGCCCACGAGGUGGAUGUGGUCGAUGGACGAAUUGCACCACCCCAUCCUGAUGUCGAAGGCCAAAACCCCGAGACAUUUGGGCAGCCCGCCGGUGAAAAUGCCGCGAACAAGGCCCCUGCUUCUGUGCCGGGAGAUGAGAAGUCUGUCGAGCAGCAGGAUUCCCUAGAGCCGAGGCCUGCAAGUGAAGGAAACGAGGCAACAAAGAUAUGAAUCGUGUUUUUCACCGAGCCUGUAUGAUAUAGGGGCAAUUUCCUCUCGCUUUCAAUUUCAGUUCCGACAUACUUCUAUCCUUUCCCUUCCAAUCAUCUGUUAAAUGAUAUCAUUAUUCUUGGAUCUCCAUUUCUUGUGUAUAAGAAGGUCUCUCGUCGAAUUGAGCCACUUUCCUACAUCUCCAUAUCUAAAUUACUUGUUUCUACUGUUGAAUUACGCAAAAAAAAAGGAAAAACUCAACAAAGGGAAACUCCAAUCGAAUUGCGUUGGAAAACACGGUAGUAUAGACAGAUCUUCUGCAACCAAAACUCUCUCUCUCUC